UUCAAGCCCAGAGCAUCCUGAGCAGUAUAAAUCUGAGAAUUUGUGGUUUUAGAAUAAGGAAAUAACGGAUGAGGAGACCAUUACGAGACAGAUAAACAAGCAGCUGUACCUCUUUCUCAUUUUUUUUCUAAGGCUGUAGAAGAAAGAGUUUUUCUGGUAAUGCUGACUGUGAAUCCAUCUUGGGUUUAUCAGCCUCCUUUCAUAUCCAGCUGAUCGCAAUUCAUUUGCCAAAUGGGAGCUGUUUCAUAGCUCUCUUCCCUCUCUUCCUCUCUUCCCUUUUCCUCUCACCAGUGCAGUGGUACAAUCAAAAUUAAACCUCCGUACAUGGGCGUAACUCCCUUGCUUUUGCUGGAGGCAUGCUGACUCACACCCACAGAAAACACAGUCUCUGUACUUUACAGUAUAGUUAAUAAUUUUCAGUGAUUCUCCCUUGUUUUUAGUGGCUCAAGUUAUUUUCUUGGGAUGAUAUCUGGUAGCCUAAUAUAUAGCAUAGAUAGGGUGAUGGUAACACUCUGCUGCCUGCUUUCUCUUCCUUGGCUUUCCAUCUUAUUUUCCCUGUACUGAAACUUUUUUGAGCACUUGGGCAGGCUGGAGGAGAAAUUAUUUUUCAUUCUGUAAACCUGCUAGCAUCAUGCUGCAGAACAGGGAGAAAAAAGGUUCUGCUUCUGCUUCACGAUUAAAAAUAAAUGAAAUGUAUAGUAAUUUGUGGUACCUUUGUGUAACAGGCAUAUGAUGAAGCCCCUCUGUUUGCAUUGCUAACUGUCGGGAGCUGGGAUGCUUGCUGUAGUUUGGGGUGAUGCAGACUAGGUGGAGUAAAGCUGAGUCUGUGGGGUGAACAGCACAGGGCUGAGAAAACACGCCUGAGAGCAGUCUACAGAUGGGCGAGAUAAACAGAUCCCCCAGCUGCAACGGAGGAGGCAGGCCUCUUUAAUGGCUCUUAGCAACGCCCCUGCUCUGACCCUCCUCAUAUGUGAGGAAAAUCAAAUCAAUACACUGUUCUUCAAACCACGAUGCUGCAGCGGCAGCAGGGCAUUGUGGCAGCCUCUGUCUCUUAAAUCCACUGACGCUUUUCAGGUUGCUGAUCUGGAUAUCCAUCCCUGCAUCUCUGCUGAAGAAGAACCCGACUGCAUCUCAAAAGGAUUCCUGGAGCUCCCAUGUAUAACCUUCUUACUGGCAAGCGUUAGAGAUGGCUAACAGAGGACCAAGCUAUGGCUUAAGCCGAGAAGUUCAGGAAAAGAUUGAACAGAAAUAUGACCCGGAAUUAGAGUCUAGGCUGGCGAACUGGAUUAUCGUGCAGUGUGAGGAACAGAUUGAACCCCCUCCUCCUGGAAGGCAGCAUUUCCAGACCUGGCUGAUGGAUGGAACGCUGUUAUGCAAGUUAAUAAACAGUUUACAUCCAAAGGGAAAUGAACCCAUUGCAAAGAUCUCUGAAUCAAAAAUGGCUUUCAAGCAGAUGGAACAAAUUUCUCAGUUCUUAAAAGCUGCUGAAAUCUACGGAGUAAGAACAACAGAUAUUUUCCAGACAGUGGAUUUAUGGGAAGGGAAGGACAUGGCAGCAGUGCAGAGAACCUUAAUGGCUCUAGGCAGUUUGGCAGUCACCAAGGAUGAUGGAUGCUACAAAGGGGAUCCAUCCUGGUUUCACAGGAAAGCACAGCAGAAUCGACGGGGGUUUUCGGAAGAGCAGCUUCGUCAGGGACAGAACGUAAUAGGCCUUCAGAUGGGCAGCAACAAAGGAGCCUCACAGUCGGGUAUGACGGGCUAUGGGAUGCCAAGGCAGAUUAUCUAAAAGCACCUCUGUCUGUAGAGAAAACACUCUUGCAGCAUGGUCUGUUCAACAACAACAGAAAAAGAAAAAAAAAAAAA